AUGCAUCUCAAGCAUGCAUUACCCCCCUUUCCCGCGAUACGUGCGUUUGCCAAGCCCGCCUUAUUCUCAUUCGGGCCAAACCGUCUCGCCGCCUUCUUUGGGGCCGUUCAGGCAGCUUCACGCACCGCUAACACAACGCAUCGGCACCGACGCUCCCGGAGUCUCACGUUUCUCGACCUGCACCCUGUCUGGAGGUGGCGUCCCGUGAAGACUAUGUAUUGCGGAGGAGUGCCCGAUACGAAGGAUAAUGUUCGUCUUGGUGAUGUUGUUGUCAGUAAGCCGGUAGCUGGGUGGUCGGGUGUCCUCGAGUGCGACGUCAGCGGGGAAAGAGCGAAAGAUCAGAUUGUUCUCGGCAGAGCGUUGGAUCAGCCGUCACUGUUGCUUCUCACAGCUAACUAUGGGCAAGGCCGAGACAGCCCGCCAUCUUUGAAGAAAGCAAGAUAUAACACUACAUACUCUGGCAACAGCUACAAAGAAGCGAAUCAAUACGAAAGUUUCGAAAGUGGACCCCAAACAAAGACAGCUUUGUCCACUACACAAAGAAGGACUUUGUCCACUAAACAAAGAACAGCUUUGUCCACUACAAUUACUCUGAAGAAGAUCGAGCUCUCGAGGACGGGAUCGCCUUCACGGAAGAUGAAACAUCGGGGGAGGAAGACAGUUUCUCUCAUAUCACGCCAUGCAAACCUGCAUCCUGCAACCGCUGGCACCGCCGCCGAAACCGUGACUCUCUUCAGGUGUCUCUUCAACAAGCCGUCGCUAUAUUGCAACAGUACAGCCCAAGACCACAACAGCAUGGCCGACGUGGCCGUUCCAGACGUUAUCAUGGCUGCUCAGCAUGGAAACAUAUCUUCGCCCGGCAGAGGCGCCCUUUCCAGCGGUGACGGCCGACGAAGCUUUGACAAAUAUCACUGUCGCGCAACCGCCCGCCCAAUUAGAGGCAUACCGUAUGCCAAUGCCAGUAUCGGACGAGCCUGGCUUGGAAAUCCGACCUGCAUUGAGCGUGACCAGGCUCUCAAGGACGUGACGUGUAUGCUUUCGCGUCUCGCAGGAAGAAGAGCUGUUCACAUGAUACCCUCGGUUGUGGACCAGGAUGACGGAGCAAGGGGCUCGUUUCUCAUGGCAUGGGUAGGGUGUGUGCGCGUUUUGGCUUGUGAUGGAUUGUGCAAGGAAGCGACGCACGGAGAGGCAAGGGGACAGGAGAGUGGAGGGAGUAACUCUUACUCCGUACAGGCGGCGGAGAAGCUCAACAGAAAUAGUUAUGCUGGCAAUUUGCAUGUGCAAAUGCAUUUCGGCUGGUUGGUGGGGUUUCGCCGGUGGUUCGCCGGUGGUCGGUGA